ACCGUAAACGCUAGCGCCAUCUUCCAACGCAUAUUCGCAACACUUGUUAUUCUUUACUUGUAUGGACUAAAAACACUUUGCACUGUUUCCAUGUUACGAUUUUGCAUUCUAUUUACUACGGAAUGCAAUCUUUAUCUUUAUUAUUGACAGUAUUAUUAUAAUAUGAGACGAUCAAGUAUACGUAUUUUGUUAGAAAAAGCGAAAUAACUUAGACAAUGUCUUCAGCGACAGGGGACUCCAUAAGAAAAUCUGCUGAGGCAGAUGUUGCCUCCAACAAUGUUUAUAACAAUCAAUCAGAAUCUCAAAAGCCGGGGGAUAACGGCGAAAAGAAUAAAACGAAUAAAUCCUCUUCUGAAUCUCAAGGCAAUUGUUACUGCGGGAAAGAUCGGAACCUGAAUAUUGCUGAGUUAUUGUGUGCCUCUUGUAAUAGAUGGUUUCACGAAUCAUGUAUUGGGUACCAGUUGGGAAAGUUGGUGCCAUUUAUGACAAACUACUUGUUUAUUUGCAAGAACUGCUCACCAACUGGACUUGAAACUUUCAAGAAGAACCAAGCUCAAUUCCCACAAAUGUGUUUGACGGCAAUAGCAAACUUGAGACAGGAGUCAGUGAAGGACAACAGCAACAGAGCCCUGUUCAGUAAGGAUAGAGAGAUCAUACCAUACAUAGACCAGUACUGGGAAGCAAUGACUACCAUGCCUAGAAGAGUUACUCAGUCCUGGUACGCUACAGUGCAGAGGGCCCUCAUAAAAGACAUUCAAGUACUGUUUACGUAUGAGGAGGACGCAAACCAGGGACCAAUGUUUGGGCUCUACAAUAUGGAGCUCACGGCUAUCAAGCCCAACUAUGAGGCUAUGAUUAAGCAAGGGCAGCUUAAAGUCACCGACAUGGGCAUUGCUACAAUUCCAUUAGCUGGCAAUGUGAAGGGCAGGCAGGGUAAGCGGCGGCCGGCAGUGGGUGGCGCCACUGACGCCGGCGCGCCCGUCGGGAAGAAAGGACGCACCGCGGACCUCGGGGCCCUCAAGCUGCCCUCGCACGGGUACCCUACUGAACAUCCCUUCAACAAGGAUGGCUACCGGUACAUACUGGCUGAACCUGACCCUCACGCGCCCUUUAGACAGGAAUUCGACGAGAGCAAUGAAUGGAGUGGAAAGCCCAUCCCUGGUUGGUUGUACCGCUCGCUGUGUCCUGGCGUAGUGUUGCUGGCGCUGCACGACCGCGCGCCGCAGCUCAAGGUGUCGGAGGACAGGCUCGCGGUCACCGGGGAGAAGGGCUACUGCAUGGUGCGGGCCACGCAUGGCGUGUCCCGCGGCAGCUGGUACUGGGAGGUGUGCGUGGAGGAGCUGCCGGAGGGCGCGGCGGCGCGCCUGGGCUGGGGCCGGCGCUACGCCAACCUGCAGGCGCCGCUCGGCUACGACAAGUUCGGCUACUCCUGGCGCAGCCGCAAGGGCACGCGGUUCCACGAGUCCCGCGGAAAGCACUACAGCAGCGGCUACGGCGAGGGUGACACACUUGGAUUCCUCGUAGUUCUGCCCGAGAGCGUGUCUACUAAGUACACACCCAACACCUAUAAAGACAGGCCAUUAGUAAAAUUCAAGAGUCACCUGUACUACGAAGACAAGGAUAAUAUUCAAGAAUCUCUGAACAAUCUCAAGCCUUUGCCGGGCAGUAAGAUAUACUUCUUCAAGAAUGGCGAAUGUCAAGGCGAGGCCUUCGUGGACAUCAACGAAGGAUGCUAUUACCCCACAGUGUCACUACAUAAGAACGUCACUGUUAGUGUCAACUUUGGACCCAAUUUUAAGUAUCCGCCGACCAGCGAAUACAAGUACAGACCGAUGUCGGAAAAAGCUGAAGAAGCGAUCUGCGAGCAAACUAUGGCUGAUUUACUAUACCUCACAGAAAACGAGGGAAAGCUACGACUCGAUAACUUCAACCUCUGAUACAACUAACACCGUUUUACGGUGUUUGUGAAUGAAUGGACUGAGUGUAGUGUUGUGUAUAAGUGUUAUUUUAUCAAGAAAUUAAUAUAAUACUGAUGAAGCCUGCUAUUUACCAUGAUACUGCACUGAAAAGCUAGAGACAACUGAUCCCAUGCACACAGCAUAUUUUGCAAUGUGUUUUGAUAUGUGGACUUUUAAUAUGAAAAAUUGAACAAUAAAAUCACAAUCAUUUAAAGUAAUUCUAUCGUGGUGGUUUCUUAGUUUUACGCGAAUGUUAGACAAUGAAAUAAAACUACUUUUACGGAGUCUGUCCGUGACCAUGAUACCUGCAAAGGUGUCGAAACGUCGGGAACUAAGAUCUAAAAUUAAACCACGAUAAAAUCCGUAAAGUAGUUUUAUUUAAAUUCUAUCAUACUAUUAAGUUGUGUAUAUGGGAUCACUUUCUUUGUAGCUUUAAUGACGUGUCUGAUUGAAAACCUUUUUAUGUUGUCCUAUCAAAAUGCAACCUGAACAAUAUUUUAUGCAAAAAAUUGUUAAAGUCAUCUAUUGUAUAUGAUAAUAUCAGAAAUAUAAAUGUAUGCAAAUACAUUGACUGUAUUUGUGUAGUUACUGAUGUUAAGGUGAAACUACGAAAAUAUCAAAUAAAUCUCUUUAAAUCAAAGGUGAAAAUAUGAUCAAAAAUUAUUGUGAACAAUUUUAUCUGAAGUGUAUACAUAUAAUGUUAAAUUGCGCAUUUUGUACAGUUUUAACUAAUAUCUAAUUGGAAAGUAUUGAAAAAGUAUCAAAAUGAUUAAAAUAGUCAUUAAAUAAAUAUUGAACUCUUAUGUUUGAACAGUAUAAUAUUGCUAAGUAUUUCACUUUAUGGUGAUCAUAGUACAUUUUUGUACAAUUUCCAGAUUAUUAAGAAAAAUAUGUAAUACAUAUUAUAUAAUAUUAUUUUCUUAAUAUGAAUUGGUUAAUGGUUCACUACCAAUUGAUCUGCAUUGAAAAGUCCAAUUAGAAAAGUAAGAAAUGGUGUAAGAAUAAAGCUUUUCCUCUUCUUAAAA